AUGACUUCGGGGAAUGGGCUUUUGAAUUUGAAGUGGGUCAUGUUUACAUUUCCAUAUGGUGUGCCCAAGCAGAUGAUUUUCUCAUUCUUCACCACUAUUCAAGCUUCUCACUAUCAUACACUUACUUGGGUAAGAGCUUCUGAUAAAGGGUUACUCGUAACUCUUGAUUCCUGGUUUGUCAAGAUUGUUUAUACUUUCUUUCUUUGCUGGAACCCUUUGGAUGAUAGAUUUUUGUGCUAUUUCCAUAAGCACUUGACUCCAUCACUUGUGUUGGAGGUUGUUAAAAGGCUUAACAAUCCAAGCUUGGGUUUCAAGUUCUUUCAGUUCACUAGGGAAAGGUUGAAUGUGCCUCAUUCAUUCUGGACUUAUAAUAUGCUUUUGAGGUCCCUUUGUGAAGCAGGUCUCUACAAUUCAGCAAAACUGUUAUAUGAUUGUAUGAGGUGUGAUGGGAAAUUACCUGAUAGUAGGCUUUUGGGAUUUUUGGUUUGUUCUUUUGCACUGGCCAUAGGCUUGAUGUUUCACAGGAAUUACUGGUUGAAGCUCACUGGAAUAAGGUUCAAAAUUGACAAGGUUGAUAGAGCAUGUGAUUUGCUGAAAGAGGUUUGUUUAAUAAGUGAGAUUGCCCCAAAUGUUGUAAGCUAUACAACAGUAAUCUCAGGUUAUUGCAGAUUGGGUAAGUUGAAAGAGGCUUCCUCUCUUUUGGAUGAAAUGGUUAGAUCUGGAACCAGGCCUAAUGCAUUUACCUUUAGUGCCCUUGUUGAUGGCUUUGUUAAGGCAGGUGACAUGGCUUCUGCACUGGGCAUGCACAAGAAGAUGCUCUUGUAUGGCUCUUCUCUUAAUGCUGUUACUUUAACUUCCCUAAUUGAUGGCUAUUGUCGAGUUGGAUUGGUGAACCAUGGCUUAGAUCUAUGGCAUGAAAUGAAUGCUAGAAAUAUCUGUGCAAGCUUGUAUACUUUCUUUGUUCUUAUCAGUGCUUUGUGCAAGAGUAAUAGACUGCAAGAAGCUCGUGACCUCUUGAGACUAUUGAAGCGGAGUGACAUUCUUCCACAAUCUUUUGUCUACAAUCCGAGAUGGAUAUUGAAAAUCUGGGAACAUUGA